AUGACUCUUACUUGUUCCGCUAAAAAGAGAAAACUCUCACCAUCCGUUGAAACUGGUGUUGUUGAGACAACAAAUUCAUCAUCAUCAAAAAUGAUCAAUGAUAGUGCGGAAAAAGAUGAUCUUUACUUUCCGACACAUUUAAAUGAGAUUCAUGGAUCAUUAUUUAUUGAUGAUAUUAUUUUUGAAAUUCUUCAAUUUCUUGAAUCAUUGUUUAUCAUUCAAGUUUGUAUGAAAAUUUCAAAACAGUGGAGACAAGUGUCAUUUCAAAUUCCUUUAAAAUUAUCAUUCAAACGAAAUCAUUUCGAACAGCUUCCUGAAUCAAUCAUACUUUUAGCUAAAUGUGAAUCUUUGAAGAAUUUGACAGCUUUGAAUUUGGUCUUCAAUGAAAUUGAUGAUGAAUGUGUUAAAUAUAUUGCUACGAGUGAGUCGAUGAAGAAUUUGACUUGUUUGAAUCUGUCUGACAAUGAAAUUGGCAACGAAGGUGUCAAAUAUAUUGCUGCAAGUGAAUUCUUGACGAAUUUGACUUCUUUAGAUCUGGGAUGGAAUGAAAUUGGCAAUGACGGUGUCAAAUAUAUUGCCACAAGUGAAUUUUUGAAUAAUUUAACUUCUCUGAAUCUGAGCAGCAAUGGAAUUGGCAAUGAAGAUGUCAAACAUAUUGCUACUAGCGCAUGGUUGAAAAAUUUGACUUGUUUGGAUCUGAGCAUCAAUGAAAUUGGUAAUGAAGGUGCCAACUAUAUUGCUAACAGUGAAUACUUGAAGAAUUUGACUUCUUUGGAUCUGUAUGACAACAGAAUUGGCAAUGACGGUGUCAAAUAUAUAACUACGAGUGAAUGGUUGAAAAAUUUGACAUCUUUUAAUCUGUAA